AGGGAAAAGUGAACCGCACCAUGCCUUCUCAGCGCUCGCUGGGUCCGGGCUCCCAGCGCUCGCGGCCGCUCACAUGGGCGUGGCCCUGCGUGACCUGCCGGGACGUCACGUGAACGCCCGGAGUCAUGUGACCGCCGUCUUGGUUGUGCUCUGCGGGCGCUGCUUCCUGCGGGGGAUUGGGGUUGUCACCGCUUUCCUCUCUCCGUCUCCUGCGAGCGCAAUGGAGGAAGAGGAUGAGGAAGCGCGGGCGCUCCUGGCAGGCGGCCCUGACAAGGCCGACAGGGGUGCCCCCGCCGCCCCCGGGGCCCUGCCGGCCCUCUGCGACCCCAGUCGCCUGGCGCACCGGCUUUUGGUGCUGUUACUGAUGUGCUUCCUUGGCUUCGGCAGCUAUUUUUGCUAUGAUAAUCCUGCUGCCCUUCAGACUCAAGUUAAACGAGAUAUGCAAGUGAAUACCACGAAAUUCAUGCUGCUGUAUGCCUGGUAUUCUUGGCCCAAUGUAGUUUUGUGUUUCUUUGGUGGCUUUUUGAUAGACCGAGUAUUUGGAAUACGAUGGGGCACAAUCAUUUUUAGCUGCUUUGUUUGCAUUGGACAGGUUGUUUUUGCUCUGGGUGGAAUAUUUAAUGUGUUUUGGCUGAUGGAAUUUGGAAGAUUUGUAUUUGGGAUUGGUGGAGAGUCCUUAGCAGUUGCCCAGAAUACAUAUGCUGUGAGCUGGUUUAAAGGCAAAGAAUUAAACCUGGUGUUUGGACUUCAACUUAGCAUGGCUAGAAUUGGAAGUACCGUAAACAUGAACCUCAUGGGAUGGCUGUAUUCUAAGAUCGAAGCUUUGUUAGGUUCUGCUGGUCACACAACCCUUGGGAUCACACUUAUGAUUGGGGGUAUAACGUGUAUUCUUUCACUAAUCUGUGCCUUGGCUCUUGCCUACUUGGAUCAGAGAGCAGAGAGAAUCCUUCACAAAGAACAAGGAAAAACAGGUGAAGUUAUUAAAUUAACUGAUGUAAAGGACUUCUCCUUACCCCUGUGGCUCAUAUUUAUCAUCUGUGUCUGCUAUUAUGUCGCUGUGUUCCCUUUUAUUGGACUUGGGAAAGUUUUCUUUACAGAGAAAUUUGGAUUUUCUUCCCAGGCAGCAAGUGCAAUUAACAGUGUUGUAUAUGUCAUAUCAGCUCCCAUGUCCCCAGUAUUUGGGCUCCUGGUGGAUAAAACAGGGAAGAACAUCAUCUGGGUUCUUUGCGCAGUAGCAGCCACUCUUGUGUCCCACAUGAUGCUGGCCUUUACGAUGUGGAAUCCUUGGAUUGCUAUGUGUCUUCUGGGACUCUCCUAUUCAUUGCUUGCCUGUGCAUUGUGGCCAAUGGUGGCAUUUGUAGUUCCUGAACAUCAGCUGGGAACUGCAUAUGGCUUCAUGCAGUCCAUUCAGAAUCUUGGGUUGGCCAUCAUUUCCAUCAUUGCUGGUAUGAUACUGGAUUCUCGCGGGUAUUUGUUUUUAGAAGUGUUCUUCAUUGCCUGUGUUUCUUUGUCACUUUUAUCUGUGGUCUUACUCUAUUUGGUGAAUCGUGCCCAGGGUGGGAACCUCAAUUAUUCUGCAAGACAAAGGGAAGAAAUAAAAUUUUCCCAUACUGAAUGAGAAGUUUAAAUGAAUGUGUCAUGAGAAUGGGCUUAACACAUCAUUGGUUUGAAAACCUCCAUUUUAAAAAAUUUACAGUUUAGUUACUAGAAAAAAUAGUGGACUGGAAAGUUAUAUUUAUAUCCAAAUAUACCUAUUUCAAAGUGUAUUUGUGAGGCCUGUUUUAGCCUGUGUCUUUUGUAUUGUGUGUUGCUGAAGAAUUCUACUUUUAGUAGGCUAAUCAACAAUGAAAGGGUUAGAAAAUUGCUGUGGAACAUCCAGGUGAACUUCAGGAAGGACAGUGAAAAAUGGAAAACAUCAGAGCUUCUGCUGAGAUAAUCUUCAUUAGGUAUAUAUCUUAGGGAUACAGCCUUGUUUUUAUCUUAUAGCAGGAAAAACACUUUUGAGGGGAGUAGAAGGACUGUGUUACACAAAAUAAACAAUGGCAUUGUCCUACGCCUUCCUUUUAGUGGUAGGGCAUAAUGCUAGGGAAUAUGUGAAGAUGUUUUUAUGAAGUCUCUUUCUGAUCAUGACCAGUAGCUUGCGCUCUACUCUGUAGUUAUGUGGAUUGCUGAGCAAUGACCCUUUUCAAUUUCUUAUUUCUGUGUUACUGAGCACGACGUAAUUAGGGACGUAAUUUUAUAGCAUAAACUUUCUGUACAGUUUUUCUUAUAGUCUAAUAACUAAAAAGUGACCUUCAAAUUAUGAUAAUUGCCUAUGUACAUGGAUAAAUUAAAACACUGCACAUGGAGUA